AUGUCGUCCUCAGACCGGCCGAUACUGAAAACCUCUCUCCCUUCUGCUCAUGCCGCUGCUGCUCCAAAACCGCCACCCAAACCCCAAUUGUCGCACCAGCCCAAGGUCCAGGCACAGGGGAAAUCAGGCACUGAUCCUCGCCAUCUAGCUAUUGCCCUGCAUCAUGCACAUCGAAUCCAAGCGCAGAAAGACACUGAGGCUCUCAUUUUGGACCGCAUACUUGAGCUCGCUACGUUUCCUCCAUCCCCAGCCGCAGACCCUGCAUCUCCGUCGGCCGAAGACGCCCACAAAUUCAAAACAGCGCUGAUUCUCUUUCAACCGUCCGAUUAUGAUAACCUGAUCUUGGAGCGAAACAUCGAAGGCUUGUGUGGGUAUAGUCUGUGUCCUCGCGAGCACCGAAAGGACGAUUCCAAAGGGACUUACCGAAUAAAAUGGGGUGCCAGGGGAAGUGGGCCGGGCGGUCAUGGACGCGAGAUGAACAUUGUCCCACGAGAGAAGUUGGAAAUGUGGUGUUCGGAUGAAUGCGCUGAAAGGGCUAUGUAUAUAAGGGUCCAGUUGGCGGCGGAACCGGUCUGGGAGAGAAGGGCUGAGAAUACACGGGGCAAGAAUCUCGUUCUGCUCGAAGAAGGCAGGGCGAUGGAACGACGGGGUAAGGGAAAAAUGAGAAGUUCUCCGUCCGUUAAUGAAGUGGUCGGUCAGUUUGAUAACCUGCACAUGGACAAGGUGCACGGGACAGAUGAAAUGGCGGACCAGGUGUCAAGACUCUCAGUCCACGAUAGAAGUCGUUCUUAUGAAUUGGCUAUGGAACGCGGUGACUCUGUUUCGUCUUUACAGGCUGGCAGAGUGGAUGUACGAAUUCGUGAAAGAGACACUGCGACAGUCGAAAAGGUUAUGGCUCCCCAAAUGCGCCCCGGAGAUGACAUAGGAGGCUCUAUCGAGGGGUAUAUGCCGAAGGAUAACUGA